AUGGCGCUGUUUUCAGCAGCAGCAAAAGGAGACGUCCUGAAGAUACAAUCAUUAAUCGUCUCAGAAGACAAAUCAAAGGGUUCGGGAGGAGUUGAUGUAAACUGCUCGGAUGCGUCUGGCAAGACACCCCUUCACAUUGCUUCGGAAAACGGACAUUUGCAAACGGUUGAAUGGCUUACCCAUCAUGGAGCAAAAGUGAAUGUAAUCGAUGCUAACCUACAGACAUCGGUUCACUUAUGCUCAAAGAUAGGCCAUCUUCAUGUGGUAGAGCUGUUAGUGAAGGAAGGAGCAGAUAUUGAAAUUUGUGACAAAGAUGAGUUUACAGCUCUUCACAUAGCAUCAUUCGAGGGUCAUGUUGACAUUGUCAAAUACCUUGUUAGCAAAGGGGCAGAGCUGGAGAGACUUGCUAAUGAUUACUGGACACCACUAAACCUUGCUUUAGACGGUGGCCAUCUAGACAUCGCGGAGUACCUUUUGACAAAAAAAGCCAACAUUAAUAGGUGUGGUAAAGGUGGAUGUACAGCUCUACAUACUGCCUCACAAACUGGUAACAUUGAUGGAGUGAAAUAUCUAACCAGUCAUGGAGCUGAGCUGGAUAGGAGCACUGAAGAUGGCCAUCUUGAAGUCGUCGAGUUUCUUGUGAACGAAGGAGCAUGCAUUGAAAUUGGUAAUAAAGAUGGGGUUACAGCUCUCCACAGAGCAUCAUUCAAUGGUUAUCUUGAUAUUGUCAAAUACCUUGUUAGUAAAGGUGCAGACCUGGGGAAACUUGCUAAUGAAGAGGACCACUAUGACUACCUUCCCAGUACGUUCGGUAGUAAGGCUCUCCCUAGCUUAAUGCCCCGCCCAUACUCCCCAACAUACGAUCCAUAUCUUACCAGUAAACAAGACAGCUCUAGCUCCUCGAGGAAGAGUAUCACAGAAGAGACAAAGAUUAUAAGUCUGGACGAGUACAGCAUCAAGGUUCCAAUUUCACCAGACGAUGUGGACAGAGCCAAAUAUAUCACAGCAGAAGCAUUGACAACCAUUCCAUCUGACUUAAAGCUGGACAAAGACGAAGUUAUCAUCUCAGUUGGGCUCAAGCUUUCCCCUCCUGGUCUUCAGUUUAAAACUCCGGUGGAAGUCACGGUCUCGCAUAGCGCUAUUUUCACCAACCCAGACAAGGCAGAGAUUGUGCUAUACACCCGAAGGACUGGGUCUGAUGAAUUUUCAAGGAUAGUUCCUGCUUCUGACAAAGCUGCUCGGUGUGUAGUCGCAAAGAAUCACCUUACUCUGUACUUGGACCAUUUCUCGGAAUGGUGGAUUAUUUCCUUAAUCAGGAGAUACUUCAUCGGUAAACGGCUCAUCUGUACGCCUUACGUUCCCCUGUCAACAUACAGAGAUGUGUUAAACCGCAUCUAUCUCGUCAUUAAAGACGACUUCUGCGGCAUGAAAGAGGAUACCAUACGAGACUACCAGGUAGCCUUUCUUGGUGAGCAGUACUGUGUAUAUUGGGGAAAAGGACCCCUUUCUGUCAGACAUCUGGAAAACAAAGAGGAAGUGUCAAAAGAGGUAACAAUCCCAAUAUAA